ACUACAGUUUUAUUUUGAAAUGCUGGUGUAGUUAUCUUAAAGAAGUAAUGUCAAAUUUUUAUUCAAUAGUUCUGAUGGAUUCUGAUAAAUUUAUUGAAAACAAUACAAAUCAAAAUAAGUAAGCCUACCUAUAAAAUGAUUUUAGUUGUAGAAGGAUUGUGAUGCUUCGAGUUUAGGUUUUAGUUUCACAACCUUCUAACAAAAACAAGACAGAGAAAUAUGAUAUAGACAUGCGACAUGAACGGGAGCUUGGCGUGGAUUGUCGGAUCGGCUCGGCGAUGUUCAGAGCGGCGUCUUGCGCGCGCAGAUAUCAUUCUCUAUUUUCAUGAUAUAAACGACACGCCACAUAGUCACAAAUUUACCCAUCUAAGUAAUAUACUAAACUAAUGUUAAUAUUUAAAUUAACUACUUGUACCUUCUUCCAACAUAAAUUAUGCGUAUUUAAACAGCGGCGCUACGUAUGGUGAAUUAGUGAAUAUUGACAUGCUUAUAUUCUUUCGAAUGUCACUUGGAAAUGUUCUUAGCAAGUGAAAAUGACUUGUUGCAUUGCAGAUUAGUAGAAAUCGAAUAAAGACUGCUAUUUACGUUGUUUUUUUUAGAAAAGGGCACUCGAAUUUUACAAGGUUGUGAUUCGUAAUCCAAUUUUACAAACAUUAACGAAAAGUAAGUAGGUAGCUCUGAUAGCUCCAAAGGUUUUAAAGACAUGUUAGCAGCAUAGUGCAGGCACAUUUUGUCGUUAUUUUUUGAAGUUGAAAGUGAGAAAGUUAGGAUAAAAUUUAAUUUACUUUGGAAGGUUUGAAUCAAACUGAAACAAACAUUAAGCUGUUUUUUUCGGGGAACUGAUUUUAGGUACUGCUCGUGCGUGCACUUGCCUACAGUUAUAAUGUCUAAAUAAGGAUUGAGGUCUUAUUUAGGAUGUCCAUAACAAUAACGAAGAAUAAUAUAAAACUUUCCCCAGCAAUUACUUACUCGAUCUAAAGAUCCGUUUUAGCGAUGAAAUGUCCAGGGGUUCGGUGGCUCGUCCAAGAAGGUAGGCGCGUGCGCCUCAAAAGAGAAUUAGCAUGCAAACCACGUGCACGCCACCUACUUACCAUGAGCUAUGCGGAACGCAAGGGUCGCUCAGAGAAUUUAAUUGUGUUCCAUUAUCAUAUUAAGGUUCUUUUACUGUAAGUCAAAAGUGAAAACUGAAUGGAAGUCACCGGCGCCUGUCAUUCGUCAGCCGCAGUCGAUGGAGGCAGCUUCUUGACACGACAGCCGGAUUAGUGCAACAUGGCGCUGCUACGCUAUUAUGCUGUCGUAUUAUCGUUAUGUGUAUGUGUUUCCGCUAUCGUCGGACCCAACAGCACAAAAUCUAUGAAAACAGACACAUAUUUAGAUGCAUAUUCAAAGUCUCGCAUAGAAGCUGAGAAGGCAAAACAAGGUGUCGUUAUAAUAACCGCAAAGGACGGAGAGAAGAGGAUAUCGAAUCGUGACGACAGCUACAACUCUGGAUACGAUUAUUCUCCGCCGUACGCUGGGGACAGUUCCUCGGGAUCGGGUUUCUCCGGGCCAUCGAAUUCGAAUAAUUACCUGCCACCGCCGUCAAGCUACUCGCCAGUUAAAUUCGAGUCCGACAUCACAUACAAUGCACCGGCGAAUUCUUAUGGCCCACCAUCUUCUAGCUACGGGCCUCCUGCGCAGUCGUACGGCCCCCCCGCACAGGCAUACGGACCGCCAGCGCAAGUGUAUGGCCCCCCGGUCCACAAACCCCUAGCUCCUGUUUAUGGUCCUCCGGGCCCGCCAUUGAAGCCGGUAUACGGUGUCCCAUACACCGCUCCGAGCCUGGGCUUCUUUGAUAAAUUGGCUCUGAAGUUGGACAUUUUGACGAUUGCCAAGCUGUUACUGAAGUUUUUUAUCUUCAAAAAGCUAGUCACUAUGUUGGCAGUGGUGUGCAUGUUGUUAGUGAUUCCUAAAUUAAUUUCGUUCAAGAAAGAUGGCGGGAACUCCAACGAUGAAGAUGAACGAACUUUUGGAAAAAGAAACUCGCCGGUUGAGUUGACGUCGAUGCAACAGUUGUUGGAGCGAGCACUCUCAGUGUACGGGCGUCAAGAGCCUGGCUGCGGAGUCACGUGUCGUGUGAGCCGAGUCGUAGACGAUAUCUACGAUUUCCAACCCUAUUUCAGGUGAAUAUCGAUUAAAUUACGGCGCCAAAGCUUAAAGGGUCGAUUGUUGAAGAUAAAUUGUUGUAAUCAGUAGGUAAAUAAUUUAUACUCUUUUGUAAUUGUUGCUACUGUAAAGUAAUAAUGUAUUUAAUCAAAGUUGUUAAAGUUUAUUUGGCAUACCUAUAUUAAUCUAUAUUAAAAUGUGGUGAUCACGUCGAACGGUUAACGUGCCCGAAUAAAAUGAUGCAUAGUUAAGUCCUACCACAGCUAUGAUUUCGAGUUACGUACGUACAUUAGUUCUCCUUUAACCGGUGCUUUUACGGAGAGGGAAAACAUAAUUAUCCUCACAAUGUCUACCUCACAAAACCUGCAUAUUCAGGAUGUUAGAGUAAUUCCAAUAUGGGUUAGGUUCGCCUGCAUAGGUUGCGGAGGUCAGACAGGAGUCGCUUCGUGUAAAAUCUUACCCAGAAUCAAGGUAAUAGGUUAGGUAACAAGGUAUAGGUGUACAUGGGCUCUUUUCCAAAGAGGAUCCAACCGGGACAGGAUGAUAUAUAGAUAAUAGUGGUAACGUGUUUU